UUUAAUUCCCCGCCUAAACCACUUCUUAAUCUCGCUCUCUCUCUCUCUCUCUCUCUCUCUCUCUCAUUUCCUCUGAUAUUUUAGGGUUCACCGGAAGCUUGUAUGAGCUAGGAACCACCAGAUCGCUCUCUCUCAUCUCAAUGGGAAGCAACGGCAACGGUAACUACCACGUAAUGCGCAACGGCGACGUAGAUAGGGAGCCGUUUAAGCCGGCGGUGUUGAGCUCGUCGGCUUCCUUCAAGGCUAGAAAGGCCAAGCCAAACGCGGCCUCGCCGAGAGCCGAUGUUGAUGACAUCAUCACUCUCCUACAUGGCUCCGAUCCCGUUCGCGUUGAACUUAACCGCCUCGAGAACGAAGUCCGAGAUAAAGAUAGGGAAUUGGCAGAUGCCAAUGCAGAAAUAAAGUCGCUGAGGAAUUCGGAACGUUUCAAAGAAAAGGCAGUUGAAGAGCUAACAGAUGAGCUUAAAAAAGUUGAUGAAAAGCUUAAAGUAACCGAAGCUCUUCUAGAAAGCAAGAACCUUGAGAUCAAGAAAAUAAAUGAUGAAAAGAAAGCAGCUUUGGCUGCACAAUUUGCUGCAGAAGCUACACUUCGAAGAGUCCAUGCUGCUCAGAAAGAUGAUGAAAUGCCUCCCAUUGAGGCCAUCAUCACUCCACUAGAGGCUGAACUUAAGCUCGCCCGGCUGGAGGCAGCGAAAUUGCAAGAGGACAAUAGAGCUCUUGAUCGGCUCACAAAAUCAAAGGAGGCUGCUCUACUUGAGGCUGAGAGAACUGUCCAGAUUGCUUUGGCAAAAGCAUCCUUGGUUGAUGAUUUGCAAAACAAGAACCAAGAGCUAAUGAAGCAGAUUGAAAUAUGCCAAGAGGAGAACAAGAUUUUGGACAAAAUGCAUCGACAAAAGGUUGCGGAGGUUGAAAAGCUAACCCAAACAGUUCGGGAACUUGAGGAGGCAGUACUGGCUGGAGGGGCUGCUGCUAAUGCUGUACGGGAAUACCAGCGAAAAGUGCAAGAGAUGAACGAGGAGAAGAAAACUCUGGAGCGAGAAGUGGCUCGUGCGAAGGUUAGUGCAAACAGGGUUGCCACUGUGGUUGCAAAUGAGUGGAAAGAUGGAAAUGACAAAGUAAUGCCCGUAAAGCAGUGGCUUGAGGAAAGAAGGUUUUUUCAGGGAGAAAUGCAACAGCUUCGAGAUAAACUAGCUGUAGCAGAGCGCGCUGCUAAAGCAGAAGCACAUCUUAAAGAAAAAUACCAACUUCGGUUCAAGGUUUUGGAAGAAAGGCUUAAAGCAUCUACUGGUAAUUCCCGCACUGCCUCUGAAGGAAAAAGUGUGAGCAAUGGGCAGUCACGGCGUCAGUCUCUUGGUGGAGCAGAUAGUUUCUUGAAAUCAUCCUCCAACAUCUAUUUAUCAAGGAGAUCACUGAAUCCACAAUCUGGGUCCCUUCGAUCCAACAGUGCUAGUGCCUUAUUGAGGAACACGAAGAUGUCAUCUAGAUCAUUUGAUGGGGGUAGUAGAUCCCUUGAUAGAGUUAAGAUGAUUCCAGAUGCGGCUGAGAAGAAUAGGAUGCUCCCCAGCAAUGGUGAUCAGAUUCUAGGUAGUGAAAUAGUAAGGUGUAAGGAAAGUGCAAAUGGAAUCACUGAAAAAUCAAAAGCAGAGCAUGAAGAUUAUGUUUCAGGGAUGUUAUAUGAUACGUUACAGAAGGAAGUUAUAACUCUGAGGAAGGCUUGCCAUGAAAAAGACCAAAGCUUAAAAGACAAAGAUGAUGCUAUAGAGAUGCUGGCUAAGAAGGUUGAAACGUUAAACAAAGCAAUGGAUGUUGAAGCCAAAAAAAUGCGUAGAGAAGUAUCUGCAAUGGAGAAAGAAGUUGCUGCUAUGAAGGUUGGCAAAGAGCAUGAUCAAAGGACAAGACGCAUUAGUGCUCCCAGGGGGGCCGUAAAUGGCUCUCAGUUACUGUCUACUAGGAAUGCAAGAAGCUAAUAGACAACUGGCAUCAGGGUGUUACAAUUACCAGGAAAUGAUGCCAUUGAAGGUUUUGUCUUGAUUUUCACUUCCCCUCAUCUGGUUUAUUAUCUCCUGUCUGUCCCUGUAAAGAACUGACUCUAGGUUUACCAGAAGUCAUCACAUAAAUGUAUAUUUUUGUAAUAAAUAUUAUUUACAGUUCAUUAUAGUCAGGUGUGCCGUUAAAAUGGGUGUGUGUAUGAAGUUUGGCAUGUGAAGUCAAAGGCAUAAAAGAAACUCAAAAAUUAUAAUUAUAUUUGGGUAUGGAGUCUGUCUGUAUUUAACUACUGGUACACUGGCUGUUAUUGAAGACUACGGAAAAGCAAUGUGCUGUAAACUGCGUGAUUUGCUUAAUGAGAAUUGUUUAUGGUCAUAUUUAUGAAUUCCA